AUGACUUGCGUCAAGACCUUCCUCUUUGCCUUUGUGGCCCUCUCGCUCACCCUCAUGACUGUGGCGCAGGCCGCCCAGCCAACCAUCAGCCACAACGCUGCUGUCCGUCGCCACCACGCCAUGAUCGAGGCGCGUCCUGCACGUCGCUCCGUCGCCGUCGGUGACGGCAAGAUGAUGAUGCAGAGGAGGCAGACAGCCGACCAGAUCGCCCAGGCAGCUGCCCUCAAGAAGUGGGACGACGACUUUCACGCAAAGAACGCAGAAUGGCAGCAGGCUGCCAACGCUGCUCUUGCCAAAGGUCAGACGCCUCCCACCUACGACGAAUACUGGAGCGGCAAGUCGAGCGGCUCCUCCUCUUCUGACUCUGGCUCAUCCGACCAGUCGUCGGCCGCUCCCGCCCAACAACAACAGCAGCAGCAGCAGCAGCAAGAAGCCACCUCCACCCCCUCGACCAGCGGCUCUUCAUCAUCGUCGGACAACUCUGGUUCCGAGUCCGACGAGUGCGAAGAGGACGCGACCACCGCGACCGCCCAAUCCACACCCGCUCAAAGCUCCACUCCGGCUAAAGGUGCUGCCGCUGCCGCUGCCACUGGAAGCAAGAGCAAUGCCGCUCAGAGCAACGCCGGCUCUUCGUCGUCGUCAUCUUCGCAGGCAACAACAGGCAAGUUCGACGGACAGGCUACUUACUACGCUCCCGGCUUGGGCGCUUGCGGCUGGACCAACGGCGACUCUGACUACAUUGUCGCCAUCUCGCACUCGCUCUUUGACUCGUUCGGCACUGGCAACCCCAACAACAAUCCCGCCUGCGGUCACAAGAUUGCGGCUACGUACGGAGGCAAGACCAUCACCGUCUCGGUUGCCGAUCGAUGCGAGGGCUGCGCCUGGGGUGACCUCGACUUUACGCCUACCGGCUUCUCGGCGCUGGCCGACAUGUCCAAGGGGCGUCUGGAUGGCCUGAGCUGGUCCUGGAUCGGUGGCGCCCCCAAGUAG